UCUCAUUUUCCUUUUUAUUCCCCUUUUUCGUCCUUUCUCUUUGCUCUCUCUUUUUCUCCAUUGAUGCGUGGUGGCACAAGUAGUGGCUAUUGUAGAAGAACCAGCGGACAGGAUGAUGGGAUGAGAUCGGGGAUUGUGUUCCUGUGCGAUGUCUGAGGUCAAGGAUCCCGCGCUCAAGCUGUUUGGGAUGUCCAUCACGCUGCCAGAGAAGGAUACCUGUGGAGUGAUGGCAAAAACUGAGGUCGAUAAACUAAUGUCUGGUUCUCCAAAUGGGCUGGACAAGAGUGGGCAGGAUAGCUCUAUGUGCUCAGAGAAAAAUAGUGAACAUGAACAUCAACCAUCUAAUAGCAGUGACAUUGAAAUGAAAAAUUAUGAGGAGGCAGAGCAAGAUCUGAUCAAGAACAGUGCAUCAGGUCAGGCGAAGGUCCUCAAGAAACCCGACAAACUUCUUCCAUGUCCUCGGUGUAACAGUAUGGAUACCAAAUUCUGCUAUUACAACAACUACAAUGUUAAUCAACCGAGGUACUUCUGUAAGAACUGUCAACGAUACUGGACUGCUGGAGGAACCAUGAGGAAUGUUCCUGUGGGUGCUGGAAGGCGAAAGAGUAAGCACGCUUGUUCUCAAUAUCGUCUGUGUUCUCAGAAAGAGGUUGGCAAUUCAGUCCCUGUCAUGAAGUUCUCCCAAGAAGGGCCACUCUGUGAAUCAAUGGCCUCAGUGCUCAAUCUCAAUGAGAAGAGGAGUUCAGAGAUAGGCCCUUUAUCUUGCGGAGAAACUACAGAGGAAACCUCAACUUCGUCUUCCAUGACAGCUUUGAAUUGCAGUGAAAAUGAAGUGAAAGAAUCUAUUGGUUGCAUUAAUAAAAAUGGCAUAGAAAGUUGCUACAAUGGAGUUACUCCAAUGCAGUGUUAUCAUCCUGGUACCCCAUGGGCAUAUGCUUGGGCUUCCAUGGCGACUAACCGAUGCCCGCCGGCGCUUGCUUGCAAACUGGAGAAUGGCAUCAGUAAUCCAAGCUCUGAAGUCUCAUGGAGGCCACCACCAAUGAUAAUUGCCCCUGCAUUCUGUGCUCCAACCAUUCCUUUUCCAAUGAUACCUCCCUCAGUUUGGAAUGUGCCAUGGCUUAGGCCUGGUGGCAAUGUAUCUCCAUUACCAUCUCCAACCCUGGGCAAGCAUUCUAGAGAUCACAGCAUGCAAAGUGAGGAGGAAAAUGAGAAGUCCUUAUGGGUUCCAAAAACACUGAGAAUCGAUGAUCCGGGUGCUGCAGCGAGGAGUUCUAUCUGGUCUGCACUUGGGAUCAAACCUGAGGAGGAGAUGAAGAAAGGUGGUGGUAUCUUUAAAGGUUUCAAGUCCAGGACUGAGAACACUAAAGUUAAGACCCCAGAAGCUGCCCAAGCAAUGCAUGUAAAUCCAGCAGCUCUAUCACGUUCUCAGGCAUUUCAAGAGAGCACAUGAUUUGCCAAUUGCCAAACAGCUUGCAGCUUGUACCACCAUCAUUCGCACUGAUGAUAAAAAAAAAAUAUAUGAGUUUGUGAUUAUGCAGAUUGCCUGAGGUUUAUCUAUACUUUUGUGAUUAUUCAAGGAUUUUUGUUGUGGAUAUUAUAAAUAAAAGUGAAAGGCCUUGUUGAUA